AGUCACGACGCGCACCCCUGUGAGGCGGACAACACGCUCAGCAGCUGUCGGCUCAGCACUGCAGGCAAGUCGGAUCGCGGCCCAGCCCCGGAGAGGAUCACGGGCCACGGGAGCGCGGCCAGCAACCAGCCCAGCCCGCCGCGACCAGCUGCCCGCAGGCGAUGGGUCCCCGCUGCGCCAGGGUCGCCCGGGUGCUGCUGGUGUUCCUAUGCCUGCAGCUUGUCGCCAGGAGCCUCGCCGACAACGGCUGGAAGCGACCCGGCUGCCACCGCGUUGGCCACACGCGCAAGAUUAGCAUCCCCGACUGCGUCGAGUUCCACAUCACGACCAACGCGUGCCGGGGCUUCUGCGAGUCUUGGAGCAUUCCGUCGGCCCUGGAGACUCUCCUCGUGAACCCGCACCAGCCCGUCACCAGCGUGGGCGAGUGCUGCAACAUCAUGGACACGGAGGACGUGACGGUGCGCGUUAUGUGCCUGAACGGCUUCCGGGAGCUCACCUUCAAAUCGGCCAAGAGCUGUCUGUGCUACCACUGCAAGAAGGAUUGACCCUUGGGGGCGUAGGUGAGGCGGCCACGACACAUCCGGCGGACGACACCUUUGCCCACCUACACGCACCGUACCUUAAGCACCAGUACAUCACCACUACCAUCACCACCACCGUCACCACCUUCCACACGUCCAGCGCGUGGCAGCUGACGACCUGUUAUUCAACAUGUCGUUCAACGCAAAUAAAAAAAAAACUACGUCUGUAAAGAGAGACGCUUUUAUUUCUACCCUGGUGACAGUGAGUUCUCUAGACAGUGGCUGGUUGCAUGUUUUCACUUCCAAAGUGCGCAUUAGAUUUACACUCUAAAUUUGUGUGUAUGAGUGCGUGUUUUUUUGUUUUGUUUUUGAGAAUGGUGUUUGGUGUCUGUUAUUUGCACUCUUGAAAUGACAGAGUAGUUGACUAUCAGUCAAAAUUUUUGGCGAUUUUUUUUCCACUCUCUUGGUCCUUAUUAAAUUAAUGCUUAGAGCAAAUAUUCUGUUCCAAGUCGAGCGUCGUUAUUGUACUUACAUGACUUUCUGCUUCAAGUAUAUUUGAAUUCCAACCCUAAAGAUGCGCCAAGGCCAAAACGCACUUGCUACAUCCACGCCAAGUUGAGUUCAGUACGCGUCUUGUUUGUUAUUUAUGUAGUUUUAGGAAUUAUUCGACACUUAAGUGUGCAUUUGGGCCAACGCAGUGUUUGUUCAACUGCUCUGUGCGACCUGCACUUAGCGGCAGGUGCUGCACCUGGUCCGCCUGACUUACAAGUGAAAGACUGAGAGAGCACAAUGGUUCGGUGUAAACAAGAGUUUCGUCGAGUCGGCAUCAGAAAUAAUAAAACACACUUUGGAUGCAAUGCACGCGGGAACUAACGCUGAUAGCGAACCUUGAGAUGGGAUUAGACGUUUGCACUUAUUCUUGAUACGAUUUAUUUGAUAUUUAAUAGACAGUGUCUCCUCGUCUGUUAUGAAACUUAGAAACGCAUGUACUGUACAAAGCGGAAACUCUAGGAACCUCUUCCACUGUAUAUGGCGUGUUGCGCACGCCGCUACGAUAUUUUCACAAAUGUUGCUUCACGAUACGAUGAAUCGGUUUGUUUCUCCUUUUGGCGAUGUGGUAUAGUAUUUGCGAUAUUAACAAACUGAAGGAAAAAGUAGAGUGGCAGCCUUCUGUAGGGGAACUGCCAAUGAUAAAUCGCUAUAUGACUGUAGUAUUUGGAAGAAAUAAAAUAAAUCCACUCUAGGUGA